AUGGCACCUUCACGGGACUACGACUACGCGCGCACUAAGAAGCGCCUGUAUCUUGAUCCCCCAACCUACGAUCGUUCCGUCGUUCGCACUCGUCGAACUACAUUCGUCCCCCCGCCGCCGCCGCCCCCCGUCAUCUACAGGCCUCCCACGCCGCCUCCUGUUAUCUGCAGGCCUGCCACGCCGCCGCCUCCUUUCGUUGUCGAGCCGCCUCCGCCUCCUCCGCCCGUCUGCGAGCCCCUACCGCCACCGCCGCCACCGCCGCCACCCGUCUGCCCCCCCUCCCCAGAGCCGGGCAUCGAAGUCAUAGCCGUCGACGUCGACCCCGUCGAGAAGAAGCGCCGCCGUCGCAGGUCCCACUCGCGCCACAGCGGGAGUCACUCGCGCGAAGUCUACAUUGAGCGCGAGAAGAUUGUUCCCGUCCGCGUGCCCGUCCCCGUUCCGCAGCCGCAACAGCCCGAGUACGAAACAUUUCGCUACGUCGACGCGCCGAGGCGGUCGCCGCCGCGGAUCAUGCCUGCGCCGCCAAGAGAAGAGCGCGAAGAGGACCGCAUGCGCAUCAUGAUUCACGACAGGCGGCGGGAAAGAGAAUACAUUGACGAUGGGUAUCAGGGCAGUGGGAGCGACCGUGGAAAUGCACGACCUGGCCUCGACGAGAUCCCCAUCACCUGUUCCUCCUCCCAUGUGACUGACCCCAGAAUGCUACCCAACACACAAACCAUAUUACGACCACCACGAGAUCCAACCGUCAGUCGACUCGAUCGCCUAAUUAUCCAGCCGUCAGCUCCUCUGAUCAUCACCGAACCCAUCAAACGUCAAGUGUCGCGCUCGUCAUCCGCCUGCCUCGCCAUUCGUCGCAGCGGCACGCCCUCCUCCUCAACCCUCAGCAUCCGCCCCAGUCCAUCUCUAUUGUCCACGAGCCUCACCAUCCUCUCCCUCGCCAUGUCUUCCAUAUGCGACAAGUCCAUCAUCACCGCCACUUCGCUCUCCGGGAGCUUCAAGCUCUGA